AUGGCCACAGAGCAGGCAAGGGGGCAGCACGGCCCAGACCCGGCCACUGGCCCUCAGAAGCCCCCUGCAGGGGUUGUGACUCCCAAGAGUGAUGCAGAGGAGCCCCCGCUGACCAGGAAGAGGAGCAAGAAGGAGAGGGGGCUCCGAGGGUCUCGAAAGCGCACUGGCAGCUCUGGGGAGCAGUCAGGCCCCGAGGCCCCGGGGAGCAGCAAUAACCCUCCGAGGACUGGAGAGGGCCCAGUGGGGGCACCCCCUGCAUCCCCUGGGCCGGCCUCUUCUCGCCAGUCCCACCGACAUCGUCCUGACUCCCGGCAUGACGCUGCUCAGAGGACAUACGGGCCCCUGCUCAAUCGAGUCUUCGGGAAGGACCGCGAGCUGGGCCCCGAGGAGCUAGACGAACUUCAGGCCGCCUUUGAGGAGUUUGACACUGACCGUGACGGCUACAUCAGCCACCGGGAACUGGGUGACUGCAUGCGGACCCUGGGCUAUAUGCCCACCGAGAUGGAGCUCCUGGAGGUCUCGCAGCACAUCAAGAUGCGCAUGGGUGGCCGUGUGGACUUUGAGGAGUUCGUAGAACUGAUAGGCCCAAAGCUGAGGGAGGAGACGGCGCAUAUGCUGGGGGUGCGAGAGCUGCGCAUCGCCUUCCGAGAGUUUGACAGGGACAGGGAUGGACGAAUUACGGUAGCGGAGCUGCGGGAGGCCGUACCGGCUCUGCUCGGGGAGCCGCUGGCGGGUCCUGAGCUGGACGAGAUGCUCCGAGAAGUGGACCUCAAUGGGGAUGGCACCGUAGACUUUGAUGAGUUUGUGAUGAUGCUUUCCCGCCACUGAGGCUCCAGGAGGGAAUAUCUGUUGCCCCUGUGGCCCCAGACACUGGCCGGACCCAGACUACAGCCCUCCCGCAGGAGCCUCCAGGAUGGAGAUGGAGGAGACCCAGCAGCCCCGACUUCUUCUGUCCCUGAAAACACCUGGCCUCGAGGUCUGCUUGUUAUGUUACCCACCCAUCCUCAUCCUUACCUCCCCCUACUCAAGCUGCCUGGAGAAGACCUGCCCUCAGCUGUCCACCGUUCCUCAGUGUGAGCAAGAUUUGGGUCUCUCCAGACCCCUGGGAGGUAGGGAGUUCCCUGGCACUGGUGGCAUUCAGUGGGGACGCCCCAGUGGCAUGAUGAAUGGAGAGGAUGGCUGGACCCCUCCCACUACUUAUAUUUAUAGGUUUUUUUUUAUUGAAUGAACUUGAGCCGGGUGCGGUGGCUCACACCUGUAAUCCCAGCUGUUGGGAGGCCGAGAUGGGCGGAUCACGAGGUCAGGAGAUCAAGACCACCCUGGCUAACACGGUGA